AUGCUCGCUCUUCAGUCGGCUCCCCUCCACUUGCGUGACCAAGAGAAGCAAGAGCGGCGGUUUGAUCAGCCGCUCCUGUUCACGAGUUUCCUGAAAGCCUCAAACCCGUCGACCUCUUCCUCCGCUCGCCACCACCACCACCACCACCACCCUCGGCAUCACUCCUACCACCACCCUACACCCCCCUCCGUUUCUGCUGUCGCCGCUGCCGCCGUCGCCGCUGCCGCUGCCUGCGCGGUCCCUUCCCUGAUGCCACACUCCCACCACCAACAACAACCACAGAGUCAUCACUUGGUCAAACACCAGACACUCUUCUACCGCGAAUGCGAUCUGAAGCAGGAUCUUUCUAUUGCCAACGCCAAGGCCCACCACCACCAUCCUUACCAUAUCAACUACAACAGCAACACCACCUCGACAGGCAGUAAUGGCAUCCAUAAGAAUGUUGCUGCCAGCAACCACCUCGCCCCUCUCUCGGGAACCACAUGGGCUCCCCGGAUCCAGAAUGACGACAAUGCCGCCUCUGCCUCUGCCUCUGCUGCCCUGACUCCCAUUCACAAGAUCGAGGCACGCAUCGCCCAGAUGACGAUUGAGGACUGUGCCAAGGAAAAGAUCGUCCUUCUGCUUACAGUCAACUAA